UUCACAUGUCCGUGAAUUCUGCGUUCGCUCUGUCGUGCGCUCACUUUGUGCUCCGCAAGAAAUGCCGGCUUCGUAAAUAAGAAUACGUUACUUGUUUUUUGGACUGUGCAUGGGUGUAUUUAUUGUUCGUGUCGUUCAGUAAAAUUAUUAAAUUCAGCUGUUGGAAGUUGAAUCAAAGGUGUCCCUUUGUGUCGAUGUAACCAAUGUGAAGCAUUAAACAAUGCGCAGCGACAUGGCGUACCGUGGACUUUCCCAGCACGUGGAGCUGGAUCGUGCUGCGGAUCCACAGGAUCGGUUUACGCUACAGGAGCUGAUUGGUGAAGGCACAUACGGUGAAGUGUACUGUGCUAAAGACAAGAAGACUGGGCGACGAGUUGCUGUUAAGAUUUUAGAAAACAUUGCUGAGAAUAUAGAAGAAAUAGAAGAAGAGUUUCUCGUAUUCAGGGAUUUAUCCAGCCAUACAAAUAUCCCCGAAUUCUUUGGAUUAUUCUUGAAGCGAGGAUUAUCAUCUGAAGAUGAUCAAAUAUGGUUUGUUAUGGAGCUUUGCACAGGUGGUUCAGUGACUGAUUUGAGUGCAGGAAUGCGAGCUCGCGGAAGCAGUUUAACAGAGCCACAGCUUGCUUAUGUCCUUCGUGGUACAGUGCGUGCCUUGACAUAUCUUCACGCUCAUCGAUGUAUGCAUCGAGAUGUUAAAGGACAUAAUAUAUUAUUGACUGAACAAGCUGAAGUAAAACUUGUGGAUUUUGGCGUGUCAUCCCACUUAGCUGCAACAGUUGCAAGAAGAAAUACGUCUGUGGGUACUCCGUACUGGAUGGCACCUGAGGUGAUAGCAUGUGAGCAACAAUUAGAUCAAUCCUAUGAUUGCAGAUGUGAUGUUUGGUCUGUCGGUAUCACAGCCAUAGAAUUAGCAGAAGGAGAACCACCACUAUCUGGUUUACAUCCAAUGCGAGCCUUGUUUCAAAUUCCUCGCAAUCCACCACCAACUUUAUCACAUCCUGAAGUUUUUUCUUCACAAUUAUCGGAUUUUAUUUCGGAAUGUUUGGUGAAAGAUAUGAACCAACGACCAUUCGCCCGAGAACUAUUAGAGCAUCCUUUACUCCUAGCUGUAAAUAAUUUUGAGGAUAAGAUUCGUAAAGAGCUUCACGCAGAAAUAAAGAGACAAAGAGCAGAUGGUCGAACUUCCCGUGCACCAGAAGCUACUACAAAAAGAGGGAAACUGAAAUCUCAUCGAAAAGCAAAGCCAGAAAAAAUGUAUACUGAUGAUUUAGCUACUCUUGAAACUUUAACAGAAGAAGCUAUUGUCGACCAAUUACAGAAAAGAUACACUAAAAAUCAAAUAUACACCUAUAUUGGAGAUAUACUUGUUGCAGUCAAUCCUUUUACGGACAUAGGAAUAUACACUACUAAAACUCAACAACUAUACCAAGGUCGCUGUCGCUCAGACAAUCCUCCACAUAUUUAUGCAGUAGCAGACGCAGCGCAUCAAGCAUUGUUGCACCAAAAACAAAAUCAAGCUAUUGUUAUAUCGGGUGAAAGUGGAGCCGGGAAAACUGAAUCUGCUAACCUCCUUUUGAAGCAACUAGCAUUUUUAUCGAAAACACAGUAUGGAAAUUUAGAAGAUAAAAUACUACAAGUAAAUCCAAUAAUGGAAUCAUUCGGAAAUGCACGUACAGGAAUAAAUGCAAAUAGUUCUCGUUUCGGAAAAUAUUUGGAUUUAUCGAUAAUGAGAGUGGGAAAAAUUUCAGGCGCGCGAAUAUCGGUUUAUCUUUUAGAACAGUCAAGAGUAGUCCAUCAGGCAUUAGGUGAGAGUAAUUUUCAUGUCUUCUAUUAUCUUUAUGAUGGGCUAGAAAGCGAAGGUCGUUGGAGGAAAUUUUAUCUUGAUGAACAGUUGAAAUCUAGACAUCGUUAUCUACAACCCCUUUCAGUAACUCAUCGUGAACACAAUGUUCAUCGAUGGCGUCAACUUAAUCAAGCUUUUAAGGUUGUGGGAUUUAAUGACGAUGAGGUUCAAAUUAUAUACAGAAUGCUAGCUGCUAUCUUGCAUCUUGGAGACAUCGAAUUUGCCGAAACUGCCGGUGAAUAUAAUGCUGAUAACAGAGCUACUAUAAUUGACACAGCACCAUUACAUCGAGCCUCUUGUUUAUUGGGUGUGGAGACUAAUGAUCUUCGCGAAUGUCUUACAAGCAGCAGUGUCGUUACAAAAGGUGAAACUAUAGCACGUUAUAGCUCACCCACAGAAGCUGCUGUAGCGAGAGACGCUACUGCCAGAGGGAUAUACGCAAGAUCGUUUGAUAGAAUUGUUGAGAGAAUAAAUGCACUUUUAAGUCAGAAUAGACCCCAUAGCGACCAGCUAUCGAUUGGAAUUCUUGAUAUCUUCGGAUUCGAAAACUUCACUAGAAAUUCAUUUGAACAACUUUGCAUAAACAUCGCAAAUGAGCAGAUUCAAUACUACUUUAAUCAACAUAUUUUCACAUGGGAACAACAAGAGUAUAUGGCUGAAGGUGUGCCAGUUGAUCUUGUAGAAUUUUCAGACAACAGACCGGUUUUGGAUAUGCUUCUAUCUAGACCCAUGGGCUUAUUAGCCCUACUUGAUGAGGAAAGCCGAUUCCCACGUUCUUCGGAUAGAAGUCUCAUUGAAAAGUUCCACAGAAAUAUCAAAAGCAAAUAUUAUGUACGUCCGAAAUCGGAUGCAGUUUGUUUUGCUAUUCAUCAUUUUGCUGGUCGAGUUGUUUAUCAAGCUGAAGGCUUCUUGGAAAAAAAUCGCAAUUUCUUACCUCCGGAAGUAAUCCAACUUAUGAGACAGAGUCAAUACGAUACGAUCAGAUUUUUAUUCCAAUGUCCUAUGACGAAGACUGGCAAUUUAUUCUCAGCUUUACAAGGAGAUAUAGAUUCGAGGACAUUGGAAAGUCCAGUUUCUAACGACAUUCGGGAUCGAUUUAAUAGCCGAGGUCUUGCGUCUCAAUCACGAGCACAACAAACUGUUUCGACAUAUUUUCGUUACUCUUUAAUGGAAUUGCUUCAAAAGAUGGUUAGUGGUACGCCACAAUUUGUAAGAUGUCUGAAACCAAACGACUCUCGAUCACCAAAACAUUUUGAUUCAACGAAAAUACUGAAACAGCUAAGAUAUACGGGAGUAUUGGAAACAAUACGAAUAAGGCAGAAUGGAUUUUCUCAUCGACUUGCUUAUGAUGAGUUUAUAAAAAGAUAUGGAUUCUUAGCGUUUGGUUACGAGGAAGAAGUAAAGCCUAAUCGUGACUCCUGUCGACUUCUAUUACUCCGGUUGAAAAUGGACGGAUGGGCACUUGGCAAAUCUAAAGUAUUCUUGAAAUAUUACCAUGUUGAAGUACUUGCAAGAAUUUACGAAGAACAGAUAAGAAAAGUUAUAUUAAUGCAAGCUUGUGUACGAGCUUGGCUAGCUCGGCGAAAUUUCCUGAGAUUGAAGGCACAGAUGGCAAUAUCGGUUCUUACGUUACAACGACAUGUGCGAGGCUGGCUAACGAGAAAAAAACUUCAGGAAAGACAAAAGCAGUUGGCACGGGAAUUUCAAAAAGGUCAAAUUGAACAAGAAAACCAAAGGAAGCAACAAAGAGCAGGUGUUCCAAUUAAAAAUAAUGUUAUGAUGGCUAAAGUAUUAAGACGAAUGAAUACGGAUGAUAGUGAUAGUAUAUGUACAAAUUCGAGCAAUAAAGAAAAUGAAAGUUCUGAAAAAGCAGCUCCAGUAAGUCAAAGCCCACGGCGUAAACUCAAGAAUCGCGUUGCACCCCCACCGCCACAGCACUCCGCGCCAGCGCCUCCAUCUCAACAGCAACUGAUGCAGCAGCAUUCCGUGCAGGAACGAGCGGCACAGCUGCAGACGUUUGCUGACCAGCUUCACAUGAAAAAUCAAGAAGUGCACAAGAAUUUGAGGCGCAAUAAACCAGGAGUUCGGGUUAAAGAUAUCAAGAAACCACCAGAGGAAUACCAACCUCCACCAGGGUUUAGCAUUGUUCCUGCCAUUAUAAGAGGCCAACCAUCGAAAGUUGAAGAAGAUGCCAGCAGACUUUCAAGACAUCAACAAAACCCUCACGAUAAGGGUUACAGUGACGAGAAGCCUCUUCAAUCAAACAAAAAUUGGCAAAACCUACCUUGCAGUAGGCAAUGUAGUGGCCUAGUCAGUAACAAAAUAAUACAACUAGUGAAGCAAACACAAAAAAAUGAAACUCCACUGCGACCUGUCUACAAUCCAGCGUACGACCCCGAAUCGGAUCUUCGCAAGAUUCUACGGAAUUCACCAGAAAUUCUUGCCACACCCGUCUUCAGCUCCGAUGAUGACUACACCGACGGGCCUUUCCGAUUCAAGCAGUUACUGCGUCCAACCUUAGGGCCCACAGAAAGUCUUCGCAAGAGAAAAGUACGCAAUUCCUCAAACCAAAGUCCGUGGACGUCUGACAGCUCGCAAGACAGCAAUAGUUCUAAAGCUCUUUAUAAUAAACGUCGUCCACAAAUUAGUAUGGGUGUUUACUAUAAUUAAGGAAGCAAUUCGUUGAUUAUAGCAAUGAAGAUAAGAUUGAUGAAGAUUCUUGUCUAUCUGAAGGCCAAAGUGUUUUCUACAGCGACCUACUUGAAAUUAUUGAAAUCUGGAAAACGAUAGCAGUUCUUGAACUUUGCAUCUCUUUUUGUACUCUGUUAAAUUCAUGAAUUUUAUACAAAAUAAGUCGCUAAACUAGACCAAUUCUAUUCGAGCACCACUCAAUUUCAAUCAGUUGUGUUAUAAAAUUUAUUUCAAUAUAACCUUAAGUUACUGAAUUGUUUACCAAUUCAUUAUGUUUAUAUGUUAUAGAUUUCAAGCAUUAAUCUACUUGUUGUGUAUAUAAGCGAUAACCAAAGUCCUAUGAUAAUUUAUAAUCAAUAUAAUAAAUAAUAUUAACAACUUUAAUAAGUUCUAACGCGUGGUAAAAAUAAUAAAAUUAUACUAAGGACAUGAGUCAUUUUGUAUUUUAGGAAUCACAAAAAAAUUAUAACCCUACUAGCUCGAAGGGGUGGCUGAAAGAGUAAACACUCUAUCAAAGCUGUAUAGCACAUUUACUGUACAGCAUUGCCUGUGCGCGCUGUAGUCACUAAGCAACUCUUAAUGUAUAAAUUACUCUUCUUCAACUCUUCGGGCUAGUUGGGAACUUUAUUUAUUUAGUCUGAUAUAAAUGACUAUUUUCGAUUAUCAAUUACCAAUUGCUUAUGCAAUCGAUUUAAUAUUAUUGUAAUUCGAAUAAUAAAAUUUAAAAGUAUUUAACGAUUUUAAUCAUUUUUAUUAACUUUCAUUCAAAAAAAAAGAAACAUAAAUCAUUGACAAUUUGUGUGAUAAUGUG